CGUGGGUGUGGUCUAGACUUGCGGACCUCGACCCAUUAACUCCAGAAGACUUCCAAUGGUUGCCUCUUCCCCCAUCCGGUUGCUUGCCGAAGCCGCAUUGCAACGCCCUAAUGGCGGAGCUACUCAACUACCUGCACGUUGCAGUACCAACUCCGUUGAUGGAAGACGGAGUAGUGGUUGUUGACCUUCGCGAGUACAUUGCGAAGAUCGACCACGAGUAUGCCACACAAAUGUACGACAACAUCGACGCGCCGUUACUUUACAUCCGCAUUCAGAUUGGGAAGUCAACCUGCAACGCCCUGAUCGAUUGUGGAGCUACUCACAACUAUAUCAGCCAACACUUCAUGGCGAGCGCCGGCCCUGGGUCGCCCGUUCGAAGGAAGUCGCAACCCACGCAAGUCACGUGGGCCAAUGGUCAUACGCACAAGUCCAUUGACUGGUGCAUUGACUCCGUCCCCGUGUACUUCGCCCCACACGUACUCGAGGCCGUGUCCUUCGACAUCUUGGACACGAAGUUUGACAUGAUUUUGGGCAUGUCUUGGCUGCGAAGCUCGGACCACCUGAUGAACUUCUACUGCCGCACCGUUCACGUUCAUGACUGGAACGGGGUACUUGUCCCAUGUAAGGUGUCUCCACCUCACCCUUCAAUUGGUUGUCACGUGGUCUCCACGACAAACAUUAGAAACUCCAUCGCACGACACAACAUCAAGGAAAUGGGCAUUUGCUUCUUGCACGCCCUCCCUCCUCCUGAUGAACCAGCGACGAAAACGCCACCAGAUCCACGCAUUGUAGAGCUUCUUGACUCCUAUGGCGACGUCUUCGAAGCCCCUGCCGGAAUCGUACCGGAUCAGCCAAUUCGUCACGAGAUCAUUUUCGAAGACAGGGCCGUACCUCUGCGCGAAUGUAUUUACCGCAUGAGCGAGGAGGAACUCGAAGUGCUUCGAAUGCAACUCGAUGAGCUCAUUGCCAAGGGCUGGAUUUGCCCUCGCUGCUCACCCUACGGUGCAUCCGUUCUCUUCGUCCGGAAGAAGAACAAGGAGUUGUGCUUAUGCAUCGACUAUUGCAAGCUUAAUGCUCAAACCGUUAAAAAUGUGAGCCCGCUCCCACGAAUCGACGAUCUCCUCGAACGUUUGGGCGGUGCCAAGUACUUCUCGAAGUUGGACCUCGAGGCGGGUUACCACCAGCUUGAGAUCCAUCCAAGAGAUCGCUACAAAACCGCGUUCAAGACAUGGUACGGGCACUUUGAGUGGGUCGUAAUGCCAUUCGGCCUCACGAAUGCCACGACCACCUUCCAAGCGACAAUGACGACGGAGUUCCGCGACAUGUUGGACCGGUUCGUGCUCAUGUACCUCGACAACAUCUUGGUGUAUAGUUGGACCUUUGAUGGGCACAUCACGCAUGUACGCGCCGUUUUGGACAGGCUACGAAUGGCCAAGUACAAGGCCAACCAAGCCAAGUGCGAAUUCGCACAACAAGAUCAAGGAUUUGGAGUUCAUCAUGCGCUGAAUCCGGAUCCCUACAGAGGAGUUUUCGGAAAUGAUGGCAGCAAGUAUGCCCAAGAUGUGAUGAAUCUCGUGGAAUUUGGCACAAGUGGACAAAUUGCUGGAUUUCUGGCAGAAACCAUACAGGUGGAGCUCGAUAUUGAGCGCCACCGCCGUCUUGCGUGUUCGUGUUCGCGCAUUCUGCCCCGAACGCCAUCUCCGCGAACUUCUUCGUUGCCAGUGUCCAUUGGUGGUGGCCUUGUGUCGUCGUUUGGGCGACUUCUGCCGGUGUGGAUGAGUGCGAUGUCUUCGGUAGUCGAUAUGCUGUCGGUCGGUGAUGGGGAUGAGGGCAGGCCUAGGUUGUCCGAUUUGGAGAGGGCUGCAGUGACGUCCGCCGUCCCCGCCGUCAUCAUGCAUUGCGAGACGGAGGUCGAAGGCGAACGACGGUGGGCACGGCUACGUGCUCGAAGAAGGAAGGUGAUGCAGCCGCCGACGUGUGAAGGGUUGGAUAGCGUCGCCAUCUCUGACGCCGUGUUUGAGGUAUGCUGCGCCCUGGGGUGUGGGGGACUGCCGAGGGCGACCCCGAGGUGGUGGGUGAAACGAAGGACGGGGGGAACUUGGGAGGAUAUUCGGCCUGCAGACGACGCCACUGAAGACUACUUCCGCGACAAAUUACGGAUGUCUCCACGUGUCUUCCGUGAGAUCGUUGAGAACUUGUCGCCGAUUCUCGAGCGACGUGUGACGUUCUACAGAGAGCCUUUGCAGCCGGACCACAUCGUCACCUACGCGCUUUACAGAUGGGCGUCUGGCGAGACAUACGAGAGCAGCAACUGCGGCUUUGGAAUUGGCAGGGCUUCGGGUUUGGUGGCCGUCCGGGACGUCACAGCUCCGCUGCUUUCGGUGUACAGGGAGAAGGUGGCGCGGCCGAGUGGGGUGCGGAAGGCGGUUGUUCUGCGUGCUUUUGCGGACAAGGGUUUCCCAAACCGUCAUGGGUGCAUCGAUUGCACCCAUAUCUACAUCAACAAGUCGGCGAACGCGGCUCCAAAAGACUACUACGACCGCAAGAGACGAUUCUCUGUCGUCGCUCAAGUUGUGGUGGACUUGGACUUGCGCGUCCUCCAUGUGUUCAUGGGUUAUCCGGGGAGUUGCCACGACGUCAGGGUCAUCCAUCUGUCCAGUCUAUGGCCGCGUGCGGCGGCGGGCGAGUUGUUCACAGGGCCUCCUGUGUUGCUGCCGUUCCAAGUGCAGACCAAUGGUUAUCUGCUGGGCGACAAUGGUUACCCGCCGAGCGAAUGGAUAGUUGUCCCCUAUGGCGGCACGGCGCAGACUCCAUUCGAGGCCCGUUUCGACAGCAAACAGAAGACGGCGAGGGGGGCGGUGGAGAGGGCCUUCGGGAGACUGAAGGGAAUGUGGCGGUUGUUCCUUGGGUCGCACAAGACUAACAUGGAGACCUUGCUGCAGCAGUUUGUGGUCGUCUGCAUCUUGCACAACAUCCUAAUCGACGCCGGGAUCCCUUUCGAUGAGAACUUGCUGUGGGAGGUGGACGCCAAUGGAGUUCGCCGUCGAGUGGAUCUUGGGAUCCAGCGCCCCCCCAGGCCUUUGUGCAUGGAAACUUCUACGGGGGAAGCGGUCAUGCUGCGUCAGGCGCUGGCGGAGCGAAUGAUGCAGCGAUGAGAGAUGUCGGCGGCGCAGGGUGGAAGUAGAUGUAACCUGCGUACGUGGAAGAGCGUUUGACGGCGUCA